AUGGCAGGAUUUUUGAGAUGGCUCUGGCAAUAUCGCAAUUUCAUCAUCAUUUUUGUCACACCACUUGUGAUUUUGCCCUUACCAUUGGUCAUUGAUGGGCCGGAGGCCAAGUGCGGCUUUGCUAUCAUCCUGAUGGCGCUGUACUGGUGCACGGAGUGCAUUCCGCUGGCUGUCACGGCGUUGCUCCCCGUCAUCCUCUUCCCCUUGAUGGGGAUCAUGCAGGCCUCAGAGGUGUCUAUCCAGUAUCUGAAAGACUCCAACAUGCUGUUCAUUGGGGGUCUCCUGGUGGCCAUUGCGGUGGAGCACUGGAACCUACACAAGCGUAUUGCUCUGCGUGUGCUGCUCCUGGUUGGGGUGAAACCAGCUCUCCUCAUGAUGGGCUUCAUGGGCACCACGGCCUUCCUGUCCAUGUGGAUCAGUAACACGGCCUCCACGGCCAUGAUGCUGCCCAUCGCCCACGCCGUGCUGGCCCAGCUCCAGAAGACCGAGGAAGAGGCCGACGACUUGGAGCUGCAGAGGGGACAGACCAAUGAGGGCUUCCAGAUGGACGAGACCAAGGGCAUCACCACAGAGAAAGUGGUAGAAGAUGGAUACACGUUGGCUGAGGAGAGACGCAAGAAACGCGAGCAGAAAUACAGCAACCUCUCCAAGGGCAUGAGCCUGUGUGUGUGCUACUCGGCUAGCAUCGGGGGCACUGCCACCCUCACCGGUACCACCCCCAACCUUAUCCUCAAGGGACAGAUGGAUGAACUGUAUCCAGGCAAUGGUGGAAUAAUCAACUUUGCCAGCUGGUUUGGAUUCUGCUUUCCCAACAUGUUGUUGAUGCUCGUCAUCGCCUGGUUCUGGCUUCAGAUCAUGUACCUGGGAUUCAAUUUCAAGCAAUCAUUUGGAUGCGGUGCCAAAUCUGAUGGCGACAGGGCGGCGUACCAAGUGAUGAAGAAUGAAUAUAAGAAGCUUGGCAGCAUAUCCUUUGCUGAGGGCAAUGUGUUGGUGGUGUUUGUGCUGCUGGUUCUACUGUGGUUCACGCGCGAGCCUGGCUUCAUGCCUGGCUGGGCAACAGUGCUCUUUAACCAGGAGAAAGAGUUUGUCUCUGAUGGGACUGUGGCCAUUUUCAUGUCCCUGCUCUUUUUCAUCAUUCCCUCACAAAGGCCACGAUGUUUCGGGGGCAGAACAGGUGAUAUGAAUGGCGAAAGUCUGAAGGCUCCACCAGCGCUGCUGAACUGGGAGGUGGUUCAUGAAAAGAUGCCCUGGAACAUUCUCCUCCUGCUGGGAGGUGGCUUUGCUCUGGCCCGUGGCAGUGAGACGUCUGGACUGUCUUUGUGGCUCGGUCAGAGCCUGGAGCCCCUGAAGAAUGUCCCCGACUUUGCUAUUGCCUUCCUCAUCUGCCUGCUCAUCGCCACCUUCACAGAGUGCUCCAGCAACACUGCCACCACCACGCUCUUCCUGCCCAUACUGGGCGCCAUGGCUAGCAACAUUGGUUUGCAUCCGCUGUACGUCAUGUUGCCCAGCACCAUCUGCGCCUCCCUGGCGUUCAUGCUGCCAGUGGCCACCCCACCGAACGCCAUCGCUUUCUCAUACGGGAACCUCAAAGUCUUAGACAUGGCAAAGGCUGGCUUUGCGCUGAACCUGUUGGGUGUCUUGUGUGUCCAACUUGCGCUGAACACCUGGGGAGUGGCGAUGUUCCAGCUGAAAGAGUUUCCAACAUGGGCCAACGUAACCACAACAAACCCCUGAGCCAACCUACACUCUGCUUCCCCUAGGGGCGAAGAGGGGAAGAGCAGCGCAAGGGUUACAAAACUAUGCACAGCUAAAUUGAGACAUGGGAACUGUUGGCUUCAGUCAAGCCUGAGGGGCCUCUGCACUCUGGACCCAUAAGUCCCUCUGCUGCUCCUAUAGGUGUUGUACUCCAUGGGAACGACUUUGUCUGUGCUCAUAUAAGGGAAACUUUUCCCCCGG